GCGCGUCACAAGUCACAUUCACAUUCAUCACUGCACUGCCUGAGAGCAUCCGGCCGAGCUUGAUCCAGCUUUCGGCCAUGGCAGGACAGAGUCACUCAACCGAUUGUUGACCAAGACAAUACUUACACAGCCACUCAACACUUACCUUGAAGUAACACCUUGCACUCCGGACGGAGACAUUGUCCUCUUUGUAGAAAUCUAAUCGGGUCCCAACUCCUCCGUCAUGCCGUUCACAGUCAAGCUAUCAACGGUCUCGUCACUCGAAAUCCAAGGCAGCUGCUACCCAGCUUCAGCACAGCACCCGGACCAGCACCCAACACGAUCGCAAUAUGCUGUCCAGGCUUCCCCUCGGCUAUGACCCGCAGAUGCAUCAUGAGGAUCGAUUGACCCUCUCUCGAACAACCUCCCAGAACAAACCCAUCUCCAAAGCGAAUGGCGGAGGAUCGCCUGCCAUGUCGGAUCCAGCUUCGCCAGCGAACAGCACACCAAAGUCCCCGCUUAUGAAGCAUUUCGUCUUCACCGACCCAGUAGCAUUCAGGUACGUCUACACGGCUUGCUAGCUUGGGAGAUCAUGAUGCUGAUCUUUUGAAAGAUAUCUCGAAGAAGAUCCCGCUACAAAGGUAAUCGAGCGACAAGGUCGACUAAGAGGUUACGAGCUAUAUAUAGUCGAGCAAUGGGCAUGCUCUAGGGUCCAUCCAACGUUCAACAUAACAACAUACACGGGCGACCCAACGCAUUCUAUUAGUGUCGGUAUCUUGGGAGUUCCCUCAGACGAGGAGAAAUGGUCUCCGCGACUGCGAGUUUAUUUCAAAGCAAUCUCACAAUUCCAUGCCAGGCCAAAGGAUACACCUCUUGGUUCGUUGAUGGUCACAAAUUUAAGCAGUUUCCCGUCUGCUCUGACUGUCAUUCCCGUUCCAGAUGGCGAUGUCAAGAAACAUAGGGAGGAUUUUAUUGUCAAUGAAAACUUGAAGAGGUUAGGGUGCUCUGGUAGGUCAGGAAUGAGCCUCGCCCCGCCAGCUGGUGCCACCCAAGCCAAGUUCUUUCAACUAUAUAAAACCAGCGACCGAAUACCUUUAUACGCGGCUGUUAUCGAGCUUGUAAAGCUAUGUCAGGUCGCCCUAAUGAUGUUUGGGAAGUUGGAGCAGGAAUAUGCAGAUGGCUGUCUUUGUGACGUAACCGAAAAGGCAGUGAACGAUUGGUGGACUGACAUCGGUUCCGAAUAUUAUAACAUUGAACCAACAGAUGGGAUCAUGGGACCUACGACCGUGGCUGCAUUACUGGGCAUGCUCAUGGGAGCUCGCAACCGCCUCAAUUAUUUCGGCGCACCAGUCUCCAAAGACGUGUUUGACGUUUUCAACAUGAAACGUGGGAUAGCUUACUUUCAGAAAAGCCAAAAAAUGGAAAGAACGAGAAGACUGGAUCGGCAAACUCUAGCUCGCCUACAUCGGCUUACCGCGAAGGCAGCAGCCGGCGAGGCCAGUUGGGCUGUAUCGAAAGCAGUCAAAUCCACAGUGGCAGAACUCAGUGGCAAAGGAGGAGAGAUGGUCAUGGGAAUGGUUGGUCGAGACAAAGCCGGAAUCGGUGAUGUUGAGACUGUGGAUCUAGAUAGGUUCGUGAGCUUGGUACAUGGGGAAAGGUCCAAGUGGUUGUGGUAUGGCAAACCUAGGCGAAGUGGAGGAGAUCCAUUUGGAAAAUCAGAUCCAGUAGCAGGUACUUUGAGUUUCAACAAAGAUGAGCAUGGGGGUUUUAUCUGGUCUCAUAGUAAGACCGAUACAAUAUCACCUGAUGAGGAGCCUGAGCCACGCAAAAAGGAAAAGGAAAAGGAGAAGGAGAAGGAGAACCCUGAUCUGGUGUAUUCCCAUCGACCAUCAGGAUCAACGAUUAGCAUAUUGGAGAGCCCUGGAGAUCGUGAUCCUCAAUUACGAAGGACAGUGUUCAAAGGCGUCACGGAUAAAAUGAGUGAUGCUAGAUCUGGAUUUGGUCGUAUCAAAGAUGCUGUUGGUCUUCGUGGACACAACAGUCGCCAUUCGAAAGAUGAAGUUAUGGAUGGCGAAAACCGAUUGUCUGGAUAUUUCAGUCCCACCAAUUCCUCUGGUUUUACUCAACCCACUGGUCUUGUUGCAAGUCCACAACAGGUAGGCAAAACAUUUUCCUGGAAACUCACUCCAGGAGAGUACCAAAAUGGUCAAUCAAAAGACAAAGCUUUGAGUACAGGUGGAAUAACGUCUGGUCGCCCUGCGGAUGCGUUGAUAGAAAAUGAUGCUCGCCCUGGCAUACCACUGGAGCCUGCCCAUUCUGAAGAGGCCCAGAAGGAAGCCCAGAAGGUUGAGAGUGACGAAAGAUGGGCCGAACAAGUCAGAGAUAUCAGACGACAAUUGGUUGAUAAUGAACCAUCUAUCACUGGAUCAGUAUUUGGUGAUGGUGAUCUUGAAGGUGCUGUGGUAGAAGCAGAACGCGAUCCUGAUAACUUCGAGGUACUUCUACGUCGUCGACAUAGCAUUGAUGUUCCUUCUGCUUCAAAGAAACUUCGUAACGAAGCUUGGUGGCCUCGUCAGAUGUCAUUCACGGAUGCUGAAGAGGCAGUGCUAACAUGGCAACCUAUUGUGGGUAGCGAAGAUGCUGUGAUCGAUGACGAUGACUGGUCUUCUCUCCAGAAGCAGAAGUACAUUUCAGCAGAUCUUAAACAUCUCUACGAAAAGAUUCUCGAUCUUCAAGAAAACAUUGUCCCAUGGGUCGAGAGCAAAGUUACCAGCGUCGAAUCCCUCGAUAACGAGGCCGCUGAUGACCGCGAAAAGUUUCAAGCGCUAUACUACCAACUCAGCGAUUCUUACAAAAGCGUCAAACAGAACUCCCAAGAUGUCAUUGGGGCGGAACGAAGUCACCUUACCGAAGCGGUGAAAGAUAUCGAGGUCCUAGGCGCGAAGUUGGAAUACGAGAUUAAUGCCCUGGUGGAGAAGGUUCAAGACGUAGAGGAUGGAGUGAGUCAGUUUGAACGCCAGGUUUUCGAGUUGGAGGCGAAAGCUCUGGAAUUGGAGAAUAUGCUUCGGACAGAGAGCUGGGCGCAUUAUAUUGUGAGGAGUAUUACGGGGAUUGGAUCGGGGCCGAAUAUAAUUGCCGCCAGUAGUUGAAGAGAGGCGUGGGCGAGUGCGUGUGUACGGAUGAGGUUUUCGCGGGGAAGAGUGAGGAGAGUAGCGAGUAAGCAUGGUAAUAAGCAGGCGUUUUUUGAACAUCCAGAGAUACCCCUUUGAGCAUUUACAUUGUUGGGAUAUAUUUAGAGUAUUUUAUUUUAGCUAGUCACGUCUAAUCGAGUCGGGUCUAGGUGGGGAGGGAAUAAAAUGAAAGGCGGGGUUUUUACUUACUCUGUUGAAGUUCACGAGUUGUGAGGUUGG